UUCUUUAUCACCGGUUUAUCAUUUGCAACAUUUGCUGUGCCACCGGAACGGCCAGAAAAUCGUCUACAAUUAUCUUUCACAUUAUUUCUCACUUCGGUCGCUUUCAAAUUUGUAAUCAAUCAAUCGUUACCGAAAAUUUCUUACUUAACAUACAUG